CUUUGGUCGUGGAUGUGGUGCGCUCGUGCGCGGUAUGUUACCCACUAACCCAGCCAGAGGAGUUCCAUAGUUUACUUUGUUUUGAUAGAGCAGUCAUGUGGGAUCAGUCUUUUGUAAAUAGAUGAUUUGAUGAACUUUGGAUGAAGAGUGACCAUCACUGGAACUUCUCUUCCGCUCAAGGUCGCGGUGGCAGGUGAUGGCCGAGCGUGGAGCGCGCUACAGUUGGGGAAGUGGAGGGGACGACAGAGAGGGAGGAUCUUCUUCCCCUCGUCUCCCCCAACACUCUUCUCCCUCACGCCUACCCUCACUCCACCUCCCCGCUUACGUCAGGAGAAAACAGGGUAACGGCAGCCGCGUGGCCAGUGCUGAUGGCGCCGGACACAGGCCUACCGCGUUCCUACACAAGGAGUCCUACAGAGAUCCUGGAUCUCCUACCUCGAGAGACCCAAGAUGGCGGCGUAACGGGGGCGAUCCUUACGACGUAGGACCGCGCGGCAGUUUCAGAGAUCCUCUGGACUACAGAGACGAUCCCAGUUGCAAGGAACUCUUACGGGACCCUUUGCGGGACCCAUUGCGGGACCCCCUGCGGGACCCCUUACGGGACCCCCUUCGGGACCCCCUCGUUGACCCCAUCCGCGACCCGCUGAGGUCGUCGGUGCGUGACCUGGGCGGCUACGGGUCGCAUCAUCCCACUGAGAUGGUGAUAGCACCCCGGUGUUACCUGGACCUGUUUGACCCCAGCAUCCCUGUUAUUAGGGACCCCGCCCUGGACCACCCUCAACCCUCCCGACCUUCCCUCUUGCGAGGGGUGGCAGGCAAACUCCCCACCCUCACCCCGCGUGUCAAGGCUUGGGGUUUUAUUGUUAAACUUGUUCUCGUGCUGGUGGUGGACCGCCACCUGGAGUUCCGAGGCAUCCCGUACGCUGUUCCACCCACCGCCGACCACCGCUUCAUGCCCGCCCGUCCCGUCACCCGCCACACCCACUGCUGGCCCGCCACCCUCGACACCACCGCCGCCACACCCGCCACCUGCUGGCACUAUGACCCCCAGGGUGCCGUGGUGGGGGGAGCGGAAGACUGCCUCACCCUGGACGUGUUCACCCCACAACUGGGGUAUGACUCACCCCUUCCUGUGGUGGUUUAUUUGGGUGGGGCGACGAUGGGGGGCGGUGUGCAUCGGGCGCUUCUACGGGCGGCGUUUGGGCGAUUUUCAUCCAACAGAAAAAUGGUGCUCGUGACUCCGAAUAUUCGAAGGGGGGUUUUGGGGGUGAUGCCCCACCCUGCUGUUGCUGAGGCCGUGUACCCCCACUCAGCGGGGGGUCAGGCAGCCUCUGACGUCAUCGCAACCCUCCAGUGGGUUGCCCGCAACGCUGAACACUUCGGUGGCAACCCACAAAGCGUAACCCUGUUGGCCCACCGCGCGGGAGCGGGCCUUGUCUAUCCGCUGCUGUCGUCCCCGGCCAUCAAAGGACUCGUCCACAGAGCCUGGCUGUCCGCCGCCCCGCCCCUCUUCCCUGUCGUCCAGUGGAGGGACGCCGUUGACUCUUUCGCCCGUCCAUCAAACUGUUCUAAUUUAGCCUGCCUUCGUCGUCUCGCCCCUCGUCAGCUCAUGGACGCCAUUGGGGACGAGUAUCGUCGGUGGGACGGUGGGCGUCCCUGGCUCGUCGCGGACGGCGUCUAUAUCUCCUUCGUCCCUGCGGUGCCGACCAUCCCGCUCAUGAUCGGUCAGCAGAAGCUUCGUUUACUUUUCAUUUCAUUCCAGGCUUCUGAAAAUUAUCUUAAUAGAUUCCCCCUAGACUCCCCAUGGUACCGGUCUCCCCCUCCCCUCCCUCGCUUCCCGCUGCAAGAGGCACGGCGAUUGGUGGAGGCAUACAGUGACGUCAUCACUGAUCCUUGGCUCCUAUUGGUCACGCUGAUCAGCGACGCGAUGUUCGUGUGUCCCAUCCUAUCCCUCGCUGGCCAGCUGUCCCGGGACACCACCAAGGGUCCCCACGAGUCCACGUCCCCACAUCACUUGUCCCCACACCUCCACAUCAUCGCAUCGUCCAGCCACCCGUCGUCCCUACAUCAGUCCAGCUUCUCCGUCUACUCCUACAUCGCCACCCGACCGCGGCCUUCAUCGCUCGGCACUCUCGCCGACCCGGACUCUGACAUCGACGCUAUUUUCGCGGUUUUCGAUCAGAGAGACGAAUUAAUUGAUGAAAAUUAUCAAAGAUCUGAGAAUUCAAAUCCCGAGGCACCAUGGCAACAAAAGUCGGAGAAAAAAUCUCUAUAUUGGCGUGAUCGCUUGGAUUUUCAAUCACCUCGAGAUGAUGAUUUAGACCAAGAUGAACGACCGCAUGGUAGUCCAACGUCUUUCUAUUUCAACUCUCUCGGUUCGUUUCAAGGAAAGCGUGUGACAAGGUCGACAAAUAUACCAAGACGAGAAACAUUUCCCAUGUCCGAGGAGGAUAAAUCUUAUGUGAAAAACAUGCAGGAGAUAUUUUCAUUGUUUGUUGAGGUUGGUAAACCUGAACGCAGUUUUGCCACACCGGCACACGUGGGGACUUACGUUGUGGGUGAGAACGUCACCGUAGAGAAGCGGAAAAGCCUGUGUAGGUUUUGGGAGAAGUGGAAAGACUUGGCUAAGAGAUACUAGUUGCUUGUCUUAAAUUUUAAUUGUUGAAAGAUUAAUUUUUACACCGUAGUUUCUUGUUGUUUCCCACGCUGGAAAAGCAUCCCUUUUUCGCGGCGUGACUAGUUGUAACAAAUCACGUUUGUUGGUACGCUCUUUUCAGUACACAAUAUUUUUCUAGGAAUUGAUUAUGUGUUAUUUUUUAUUAUGAGCUAAGGUUCUCUGAUCGUCUGUAAAAUUUGGAGUUACCUCCUGCAGCCGUGCAGAACCUAUACUCAGUCCAAAAAAUUAUAUAUUUCUUGCACUCUAAGAAAUUAGGUUUUUGGUGGCGAUCAAUUUUUGAUCAUUGAAUAAUAUUUUCACAGUAUAAUCACAUGAUGGCAUAAGUAGCAUCAAUCACGUCUGUUGUAUUUUUGCAAACUCUAUCCAGCGAAUAAAUCCUGCAGUUCAAUGAAGUUGCACGUCUACGGAGGUCAAAGAUGUAUAUUUUUAGCGCAUUUUCUAAUUUAUGGAAAAAUGCACUAUUG